AUGGCCGCCGCCGAGCUGCAGGCGGUGCUGCAGGCAGCCGACCCCUGGGCUACUGACCUGCUGCUGUCCGCGCUGGCGGCGGCAGCGGCGUCGCGGCGGCGAGCCACCUGCACGACGCCCUUCCCCACCAGCCUCUUCCAAACAGCAGACGGCGAGCGGGACUAUGAUGCGCUGCUAGAGAAUGUGCAGACGCUGCCGCCAGCGGGGCCCUUGGCUGCUGCACUAGACGGCCUGUCGCGGCAGCAGGCCUCGCUGCUGCACUGGCUGCUGACCCACAGCCAGCGGCCCGUGGGCGGCGUGCGGCGCUGCACGCUACGCGCGGUGCAGGAGCAGAUGCCGCUGCUGACGGGGUGGAUGGUCGACGUGGGGCGCAACCCGGGGCUGCGCCCUCACGCCGUGCUGCAGCUGAGCGAGCUGCCGCGCGACCUGGUGGAUGGCAGCGGGCAGCGGGUGCUGGCAUUCCACGGCACCUCAAUGGACAACAUACACUCCAUCCUGCACCACGGCCUGCUCAAUGCCUCGGGCACGCGCCUGGAGCGCACCGGCUACGUGUUUGGCAAGGGCAUCUACUUCUCCAGCGAGCCCCACGUGGCCUUCGCCUUCAGCCUGCCCACCGACUGCUGGCGGCACAGCGCGCUGGGCCAGCGCCUGCGCUGCCUGCUGGCCUGCAGCGUGCAGCACGAGCACGCGCUGGGCACGCACAACACAGACCUGGUCCCAGACAAGUAUCUGCUGGUGGAGCGCAUGGAUGCCGUGCAAAUCCACUUCCUGUUUGUGUACGUGGACGCUGCACCCACGCCAGCGGAGCCUCCGGCGGCACCAGGAGCGGCAGUAGCAGCGCACGCACCCGCCCCUCAGCAGCAAGCUCCGGCGCAGGCAGCUGUGGCGCAAGCAGCGCACGGAGCAGCACACCAGCAGCAGCAGCAGCAGCAACAACAGCGCUCGCCAUUGCUAUACCUCAUCGCCGCCUACCUGGGCUGGUUGGUGUUUGUGGGCCUGCGCGACAAUUGGCCUUACAUUCGGCGGGUGCUACGCCGCAAGUUUGGCAUCCGGCUGUAG